AUGCGUUUCUCCGCCAUUGCCGUUUCCGCCGCCGUCUUCGGUGUUGCCAUGGCUGUCCCCGCCGUUGUCUACGAGACUGAGGUCGUCACCAUCACCUCUUGCGCUCCCGAGAAGACCAACUGCCCGGCUCGUGCUACCGCCACCUCCGCCGAGGUUGUCCCGACCGUUGCCCCCGUCGAGUCCGUCCCGGUCUACACCUCGGCCCCGGUCGCCUCCUCCCCAGCUGUCGAGCCUGUCGCAUCUGUCCCAGCUGCCGGAUCAUCUGCCCCAGUUGAGUCCGUCACCAUCCCGGCCAGCUCCACCGUCGCUGCCGUUGAGACCCCCGCUGUCAGCUCCCCAGCUGCCGGAACCGGCUCUGUCUCUGCCCCGGCUGCUGUCCCCACCUCUGCCACCGGAACCGUCAAGGCCCACGAGUCAAUUCCUCCCGUUCCCUUGAGCACUGGUGUCUACUCAUGGACCCCCUCAGCCUCUGCUGGCCUUCCUUCAGCUGCCCUCAACACCUCAACCCCGGUUGUUCCUUCAUCUCCUAGCGCCAGCGCUGUCCAGGACACCUUCGAGGGCGCUGCUGCCGCCAAGGGCUUCUCCUUCGCUGCUGUGGCCCUCGCCGCCGCUGCCUACGUCCUUGUUUAA